AAUUGCAAACAAAAUUUUACAAACGUUUUUAAAUUUGGGGUUUUCACUAUAUACCAAAACACCAAGUAACGCACUCAAAACAGGAAGUGAGUGACCUUUUUUGGAAUUCCACCUGCACUAUCUUACAAAACUUCCUAGAACUACUAACCUAAGAGUGACUUUUUUCGUUAUUUUCCCAAACGCACUUUUGUUGAGAGUGAAAUUUGAUUUUUCAAAUUGGCACACCACAAUAUUUUACUCCUAUUAGUUUUUCGAAUGAAAUGGCCAUUAAGAAAUUUAAUUGUGUAAACUGGACUACAUUGAAUAGCUAUUCAUUAACAAUGAUAUUUAAACGUCAAUACAGGUUUGAAACUUACACUAGGUAGAGAAAAGUAUCCAUCCUAUUUUAUGUUGGAUGUCACUGUAUAUAUAUACAUAAAAAUUCAAUUGUAAUUGGAUAUUACCAUAAUAACCUUAAUUAUUAUAAAUAGAGUCUGUUUCUGAGUGCGCCCAUGUAACUGGUGUGUUGUUGCGAGGUCAAGGCUAAAAGCCAUGUGUGAGUGAAACGUUGUAGCGAAGUGUUACCAAAAUAUGUGCGAAAAUUACUUAAUUUAUUUGAUUUCGAUUCUUCUUUUUUCAUUUCAUUCCCAACAAAGGAGCAUAAGUGAGAAGGACUUUAGCAGAAUAAAACGUGGAAUAAAUCUAGAUCAGGUUUUUAUUUCAAAUGACACAGAUGACGCCUUUAAUAAAAUUAAUUUACGUCGUUGUCAAAUGCCACCUAACACUCCAACAUUUCGAACAACUCCUUGGAUGAGACGACAAAUUACUUACAAAAUUCAAAAUUAUAGUACGUCUUUGACAAAAGAACAACUUCACAGUGUUUUUGAAGAUGUUGUAAAAAUAUGGACUAACAACAUUAAUCUUACAAUUACUGAGGCAAGAACAAAUAAUGCUGAUAUUAACAUCUAUUUUACGGAUUUGGAUGGAGUGGAUAACAGUCUUGGAUACGCAUAUAUGCCCGAAGUUGGGGAUAUCUUCUUUGAUAUAGAUGAAAAGUGGACAUUAGAUCAUUUACAGACAUCAGAUACCGAAACAUAUUUUCCUUGGGUUGCAGCUCAUGAAUUUGGCCAUUCGUUGGGCUUGACACACUCGAUAAGUAAAAAGUCCAUAAUGUCUGAGUAUUAUGUCAACACGUUGCCUAAACUUUCAAAAACAGAUAUAAAAAAAUUGGAAUCUUUGUACGGACCAUUACUGAACAAAACAGUUUUGUGUACCGCAACGUCCAUAGACGAAAUACUGAUGAUAAAUUUUCAAAAAUACUUUUUAUUUAAGGGAAACCAGUAUUGGGAAAUGACGAAUACCUCCCUGAAAAGUGGUCCUUAUAAUGUAAAAUCAAUUUUUCUUGAGUUUCCUGAUAAUAUUGAUGCUGCUUUUGUGGUAAAAGAAAAUAUCUACGUUUUAAAGCACAACGUAUCUUACAUCAUCGAUUAUCAGAAAAAUAAGUAUCGUCGAAAACUUAUUUCUGUUGCUUUCGACUAUUUGCCAUCGAAUAUCGACGCUGCUUUUUACGUGCCGAAGGAGAAGAUAAUUUAUUUUUUCAAAGGUGCAAAGUAUUACGUACUUGAUACACAAAGAAAGCCUGGUGAUCGUUUAAUUGUAAACGGCACAAGUAUAUUGACUGACUGGGAUGGUGUACCAAACGAUGUCGACGCAGCGACUUUAUUGAACACGUCAAAAGUUUUAUUUAUAAAAAGUGGCAGGUGUUAUGUGGUGAAUUUAAAGACUAAGCAACUUUGUAGUAGUUCAGAAUGCGUUUCAUCUUUCUAUAGAUGUUAGCUAUAUAUUCAUUGUCAUAAUGUUGCAUUUAUCAUUUUUAAAUAAAUAUAUAUAGAUAAUAUAAACCUGUUAUCAACUUUCCAUGAAAACUAUCGUUAUGCUAUCAAUAUUAUGGACGGUUUGACCUUGUCCAUUCGUUGUACAACAAUACUUUUUGAUAAAGUCGUCACCGCGUUUAUUUAAUUAUGUUGGCAUCCUCACUAACAGAAAGCUGCAAAGCCCAUGGUUAUGUUGAUUUCAUGGUUAAUACACUGGAAUGCAUACAUGUUAAGACUUUAAAAGUUAGGGGAUAAAUCAGCAUUUGUAUUGCAGAUAGACUGUUCAUAUAAAAAUAAAAAGAAACUUAACACUCAUACUGAUAGGUUAUUUUCAAAAAAGUUAUUGUCUGUUCAAGUUUUAAUUUAAUAAUUGGAGAUUUGUUGCGGGUUGACCGUCAAAUAAAUAGAAAUGCGUAAUAAUCACUUAAAUAAUGAUAAGGUGAAUGGGUAUUCUAACUGAUUAGUAGGUCG